AUGAGCAACAGAGACAACCUGCAGCCGCACCCGUCGCUGCCUGCGCGCCCGCCGCCGCCAACUUACUCUGCACCGCCCGUCAGGAACAACAGCGCCGGGCGCAACACCGCGGCUUUCGCUGGCUUCGCGCCGCGAUCAGUCGUUGCCCAGGCUCCUCCUUCGCAGGCGUCUGCUGCAUCUCCAACCAUGUACUCUCAGCCGACUGUGAGCGCCCCUUACCAAGCUACAGCUUACCCGUCCAAUAAUACUUACUACAAUCCCUAUCAAGCCUAUGGCGCACAAGCUCCGGUGGCAGCGGCAGCAUACGCGCCUCCCGCAGGUCUGAACACAGCCCGAGGCAACUAUGAUCCAGAAGAGGAGGCGCGCAUGGCUGAGUGGAACAGCGCAUACACCCGCGAUGACAACGCAAAAAAGCCCAGCAACAUCGCUGCUGCUGCUGCGCGCGUUGAGGCCAGCUCGGCGCAAGAUGGCGAAGCCGGCGCAGGCGGCACCGGCAAGCAGAAGACAGUCGUUCGGGAAGGCGGUGGAAAGCAAUGGGAAGACCAGUCACUUCUUGAAUGGGACCCUCUUCACCCGCGCCUCUUCAUCGGCAAUCUGGCUGGCGAAGUCACAGACGACUCGCUCCUCAAAGCGUUCUCCAAGUAUCCCUCGGUGUCGAAAGCGCGCGUAGUCCGAGACAAGCGCACCACGAAGAGUAAGAGUUACGGUUUCGUGAGCUUUUCGAAUACCGAUGACUACUUCCGCGCUGCGAAAGAGAUGCAGGGCAAAUACAUUGGUAGUCACCCCGUCCUCAUCAAGCGUGCUACCUCAGAAGUCAAGGCCACGACGAAGCGAGACGACAAGCAUGGGAAGCACAGCAAGAACCGCAACAAUAACAACAACAAGAAGCAGCAACAGAGCGAGCCGAAACCAACUUUCACCGGCCAGCUUAUGAGUGCUGGAAUACAGAAGAAGGGCAAGAACAACGGACCCAGGAUGCUUGGCUGA